GGUGGCCGGCAGGAGGCGGGCGAUGGCGGCGGCCCGGGCGCUGCGGGCGGGCAGCUUGUGCCGCCGCUGCUUCCUCUCGUCUUUCCCAGCGCGCGGCGGCUCCGCGGCUGGGCGCGGGGAGCGGCAGGAGAGCGCGGGUGUGAAUUUCAGCCCUCCCCCCCACUCCCGCAGCGACUGGAUCGGCCCCCCCGACAAGCACUCCAACCUGCGCCCCGUCAUCUUCUACGUGCCCCCUGAGGAGUCUCCGCUGGAGCGGCGGCUGCGGGAGGCGCGGCAGGAGGCCCAGGCCUGCAACCAGCGCUUCUGGGCACAGCAGAACCGCGCCUUCUGCCAGGAAAAAGAAGAAUUUAUUUAUUCAAGACUGAAAGCCAAGGGUCUGGAAAUAAGAGAUGACACAGGGAAAAAAGCAACACUGAAUGCAGAAGAAAUGGCUGAUUUUUACAAGGACUUUCUAAGUAAAAAUUUUAGAAAGCAUAUGCAGUAUAACAGAGAUUGGUAUAAACGUAACUUUACUAUCACAUUCCUCAUGGGACAAGUAGCGCUGGUGAGAGCUCUGAGGUGGCUUCGUUGGAAAAAGAAAAAUGUUGGAAAUUAGUGGUCACAGCUCCAUGAAGAAUGCAACACUGGCUAGGCCUGCUGUAAACUCAUUUGUAGUGAUGUUCAGAAUCUGAAGGACUCAUGUAAUAAUUGCUUGAAUCUGUUUGUUGAACUAUGUAAAUAAAAGUUGCCAUUGGUCUUAA